UUUUGUAUAUUUAUCUUUCAAAAAAUUUUUAAAUUUAUUUUUUGUUUGAUGGAACAACAAUUUGUUAAAUUAAAAUUAAUUCAUUCGGCAGAUGAAUGUUUUGAAUUUUGUCCCAAACUUGUUCCAGGCAUCAAAAUCGGAGAUAUUAUUAAAAUCAAAUCUUUAAUUUCUGAUGAUUUUGUUGUCUUUCAAUAUACACAAAAAUGUGCAAACGAUUCGAGACUUAAAGAUAAAAGUAUUGUUGCCUGUUCCAAAGCUUUUGAAAACAAAAAGAAGCAAUUCCCAAAUCGUUCAAAUGUUUUGGUUGGAAUUGUGGAUAAAAAAGAGAUUACACUUGACAGUUUGGAAUUGACAUUUAAGGAAUACUACGUCUCUCGAGCUGAUAUGUGGCGAAUUCGAAAUUGUUUGGUUGAUUCUUGUGUUUAUGUCGGUAAAAGAGAAGAAUGGCUAGGAAUUUUAUUUACUGUUAGCGAUUUGUGGCGAUUGGGGGAAAUGGCUUGGAGUGGUUAUGUUUCUGAUGAAACUAGAAUUGUUUUUCGAUCAUCGAGUUCACAGGUAUUAAUUUUCAUUCAAUUUGGGACAGAAAUGUGUGAUAUAGAUCCACAUGGCUAUUUAUAUUUUGAAAAAUGUGUUAAUGGAUUUUUACCAGAAUUAUUUACAAAAUGGAAAGAUCAAUUUUGUGCUCAUUUGGUUACAUUAAUUAUUUUUUCUCGUUGGUAUUACAAAGAAGAAUUACUUGAUGAAGAAAUGAAAGAAAAAUUAAAAGGAUGUAGAGAUCAUCGAGGAAGACAUUACCAGGAUUUUUAUUGGCUUUUGGUACAAAAUGAGCAUUAUUCUGAUUGGACACAUGUUUUGUCAAAGUUGAAAUUAGCCUUUUACAAAUACAAAGAUUCCAUUGAUAGAUACAAUUCAGAAACAUUUCCAUCUUACAAAAAAUCAGAACCAGUAAGUAUUUGGUCAACUUCAAUGGAUGGAAACUUUUUGGAGGUUUUGAAUAUUUCAAUGAAUAGUUUUGUUGCUUAUCAUUCUGAUAGACGUUUUGAGACUUCUGGACAGCAGAUUAUUUUUGUUACUCCUGGUGGCGGUGUAUUUAAUGUGGAUAGAGAAAUGGUUAAUUUAACCAAGCAACGUAUAAUAGAUAUGGGAAUUUCUUUGGAUAUUGUUUGUUUAGGAGAACAACCUCUACAUGCUGUUCCACUCUUUGUUUUUAAAAGUAAUAAUCCCCAAUGUUCAGAUGAUUAUUUUAUUCCACAUUGGAUGAAUUAUAGUUAUUACCAAAUGUCCAAACGUUCUGUUUUUCCAAUUAAAUUUAAGACGAGAAUUAGUUUUCCUGAAGAUUUAUUGAAGAACACAGAAGAAAGCCUUUAUAUGGAGAAAAGCAUCCAAGGCGUGGAGGACACUUAUGCUUAUGAUGAACAAGCAUUUAAUAACUUUGCUCAAACAAAUUUUGGUGCCGCUAAUAAUUUAUUAAAUGAAUUAUAUAAUGAAUUGGCAAUAAAUAAUGAUGUUGGUGGAUUUUCGGGAAAUUUGGAGUUUGGCCGUCCUUCAGUUCUCUCCUCUUCUGGAGAACGAAAAAUUACAGGUUCAUUUGAAUCCCGCCAUGGAAGUUAUGAGCGAAAUAGAAUAGAAACUACAAAUACACUUCAAUUCAGAAGCGUAUCUCAACGUGUUCCCAAACAAAGUUAUCAAUUUUUUGAUCCAGUCCAAAGAGGAUUUUUAAAUCCUUUUCGGCCAGAGGAUUUUAUUGUUAGAAUAACUGCUAAUAGAAGGAGAUGGAUUCAUGUUUUCCCCGUUGAUCGACUCGGAAGAGCGAAGUUAGCUCAUCACUAUGUUGUUGGAACAAGUACAAUGAGUGUAUUACAAACUAUUGAACCUGAACCAACAAUUGCCAGGCAAGCCAAUUCUGUUCAUGAUUCCUCCACAACAAGACAAGAAUCUUCUCCACAAAAUCAUUUUAUUGAGAAUAAAGUUACCGGAUUAGGUGCUAAAGGAAAAACAAUGGUUUGGGCUUGGGGAUCUACUGGAGAGGAAAAGUGGAAUCCAGAUAUGGAAAUUGGUUGUGAUUGGAAAUCACUUAUUCGUUCAGGCCUUUUACCAAUUACAACAGACUUUUUCCCUGAUGGAUCUUCUUUAAAUGAUUAUAUAAUUCAAGAACAUCAUGUUUAUUUUGAUUAUGAAGAAAUGAAAAAAUUGGUUUCUGAAGAAAAUUUUCCAAAUCCAACAUCUCAACAUUUAUAUUAUCUUUUACUCGACCAACUAAUUUAUCAAAGGUUACAGAGAGGAUAUCAAAUUGUUGUUUUGCCUAAAGAAUAUAUUCAUUCAGCUAUAAGAAAAAUCAUUGGAGAUAGAGCUCGUCAACCUGUCCAAAGAGAAGUUUGUCUAUCAUUCAAUCACAUUUACCAUCGAAUUUCUUUAAUUAUUGAAGAUAUGGAAGAUUUAGUAAAUACAAAAGAAGCAAUUAUUUUAGUUCAACAAUUUAUUCCAAAACAUAUGGUUAAUCAAGAAUUAUAUAAUCCUUCAAAAGUUAACAUUUAUAAUUAUUUAUUUCAAGUGCCUGAUGAUACUCGUUAUAUGGCUAGUACUACUUGUUUCAAACAUCACAAUUUGGAUAGAUUAAAUUGGAGUAGAUUAGAUUCAGAAUUACAAACAGCAAAUAGAUGUCCUCAUUUAUUUACCGAAAAAAUGAAAUGUUUUUCUGCUAGAUAUAUUGUACUUCCUGAUACAAGUAGAAUUGCAAAAGAAGUUUUGAGCAUUAGAAAGGCUGAUAUUUAUCGUCCUUUUGCUUACCCUGAAGAAUUGGAGAACAAUUUUAUUCGUUUUAUUGAAUGUGUAAAUCGUGUCCGUAGCAAUACUUUUCAUUCUCAAUGGAGUGAUGGAAUGUCUUCAAGACCAGAAACCCCAUUAAAAUAUCAUUUAUCAGAUCAUCCAGGAAAAAGUUCUCCAACAGUUUUUGUUUUACCUCCAAUAGAAUUAUUAGAAUUAGAUGUAGAUAUAGUUUUAAAUGCUUGGUUAGAACAAAUGGAACGUUUUCCAAUAUCAAUACAGCCAAAAAAUACACAAACAUUUCCUCCAUCAAUUUUUAUUUCUUAUGAUUUUAUUUGUUGGCUUUUACGUUUUGUUAGUGGAAUGGAAUGUUUGGAUGAUGCUAUUGGAUUUGCAAGUAAAUUGGUUAAUGAAGGACGGAUUAAAUUAUUACAGACACCUUCAGAUUCUGAAAAUUUUGAUCAAGAACCUAAAAGAGUUUCUUCUUCAACAUCUCAUUCAACAGAUUCUUAUUCAUUUCGUUAUGGAUUUUUCUUUUAUUAUAUAAUUAACACCAAUUUAAAUAUCGAUAUUUCAAAUAUAGAUUUACGUGGAAAGAUUUAUUUAUCAAUAGAAAAGCCCUGUUUAUUAAAUUUAAUUGAUAAAGAAUGCCGUUUUAAACAAAAAUCUAUUACAAUGGAAUUUUUGCCUUCAUCUUCUUUUGUCAUUAAAAAUUUGGAGAAUCAUUUUGUUGAAUGGGGAAAAGUUUUUGUUGAUAGAGCAUAUACACAUUCACAAGCUUUUGAAAUUAAUGUCAAAUGGUUUAUGGCAACAGGACAAUCAGUAGCUGAUUUAGUAAAUAAACAAUGGGCUAGACAUGCACAAAAAUAUUUGAUGCAUUUCUUUCCGGCGCCAGAAGAUGCUUUUGCUGAACCUACAAAUGUUUUAUCAAGUCCUUUAAGAUGCCCAAUUUUUGUUGCUAUAAAAAGUGGUUUAAUACCUGGGGGUUAUUUUGAUUCAGUUUUGAGAGCAGUAUUAGCAUCUUUUGGUUUUAUUCAUUUAAAAUGUCCAAUACAUUAUAAAGAAUAUAAGGGAAAAACAUUAACAACAAAUAUUUCAACAAUUAAUUUAAAUUCCACAACAUUUCCACCUAUUUUUAUUCAACAAUUUGUUCAUUUAUCUGGUGGAAUGUUUGUUAAAUAUGAGCCAGAACAAUCUGCUUUUAUGUGGGCCUGGAAUCAAAUGUUAACACAAAAAUAUAGAACCUCGUAA